UUCGCGAGGUCAAGCACGGGGAAGUCGCAGAUAAGAUUGACACACGUCUCUGUUACAUAAUUUUACGUUAGAAUGGCAGGAGUUGUUAGAAAAAUUAUUCAGACGUCGAAUGCUCCAGCAGCUAUUGGUUCAUACAGCCAAGCUGUGCGUGUAGACCAUACAUUGUACAUAUCAGGGCAGAUCGGAUUAAAACCAACCACAGGUGUGAUGGUUGAAGGUGGGGUCAUUCCAGAGACACAGCAGGUCAUGAAAAACAUGGGAGCCAUAUUGGAGGCUGCUGGAGCAUCAUUUGACAAUGUGGUAAAAGCUACCGUGAUGCUUGAAGAUAUCAACGACUUCACAGCUGUUAAUACAGAGUAUGCAAAGAAUUUUACAAAAAACUUUCCAGCCAGGGCUUUGGUACAAGUGGCAGCACUUCCAAGGGGCGCCAAGGUGGAAAUAGAAGCUGUUGCUGUCGUUGGACCCAUCACUGAUGAGAGUUAAUGUCCCUGUCACCGUGACCUACCUCUAAAAAGUUCACUGCAUUUCAUGAUUUCAGCAAUCCAUGUAUAUAAGUAUAUAUAUGUUUACUGAGCAUGGCAAUCAAAUUGCAAAUAAACACAAUAAAUCAAAA